UUAGCUUAUGGCAUGCGAAUUGGGUCGAUUAUGUCAUGGCGGGUUAGAUGUUUUCGGCAGUUGAUUUUAUUGAAUUUGUUUUGAAUUACGCCGUCAAUGAUCUCGUUUGAAACGCUGUCGUUUAAAAAUAAGCUUAUUUGUAUAUUAGUGACCUUUUUAUAAACUAUUCAAAUGCUGAAACGGUUGCAAAUGGGCCUUCGCGCGUUCAUGCUGCUCGCAUCAAAAGUAUGGAGUUGUUUUUGUUAUAUGUUUAAGAAGCAAUAUCGAGCGUUGGCUCAAUAUCAAUCCGUCAAAUAUGAGAUGUAUCCGCUUUCGCCCGUAUCUAGACACAGGCUGAGUCUAGUAAAAAGAAAAAUGCUGGUACUAGAUUUAGACGAGACGCUGAUCCAUUCACAUCACGACGCGAUGCUGCGGCCGACUGUGAAACCUGGCACGCCACCAGAUUUUGUGCUCAAAGUUACGAUAGACAAGCAUCCUGUGCGGUUCUUCGUGCAUAAAAGGCCGCAUGUCGAUUACUUUUUGGAUAUAGUAUCACAAUGGUACGAGCUGGUGGUGUUCACAGCGUCGAUGGAGAUCUACGGAGCCGCUGUUGCCGACAAACUCGACAACGGUAGAGGAAUACUACGGCGGCGGUUCUACAGACAGCACUGCACAGCAGAAAACGGUUCCUACACAAAGAAUUUGUCGUCCAUAUGUGACGACCUCAACAGGGUGUUUAUAUUGGACAACUCACCGGGCGCGUACCGGGAUUUUCCAGACAACGCGAUCCCAAUAAAGUCGUGGUUCUCGGACCCGCUGGACGUGGCGCUGCUGAACUUGCUGCCCGUGCUGGACGCGCUGCGCUUCACGCACGACGUGCGCUCCGUGCUCUCGCGCAACCUACAUCUGCACCGCCUCUGGUAGUGCUAUGUCCUAUAAAAUACCGGCUUUUGUACAAAUGAUGGACGCCACAGGCCUCCUGAACUUAUUUAUUAUUUUGUCACUCGUUAGGCGGUUCAGCUUCUAUUCAUAUAGAUUUAAUAUAGUUGAAUAUUUUUUUUUAAGUUUUGUUUUUACGUAAAUAAAAGUGAUUAUCCGGUGCAAUGUACACACAAAAUGUGUAUGUUGGUAAGUUACCUACAUAAGUAGGGCGGAAGCGUUUUUAAAACGCUGUUUUUUUUGUUAUUGAGAAUGAAAGUGCAAGAAUGAGGGUGAGGUCUCACUGCGAGCGGUAGGAAAUGUUUACAUGUUCCCAAAUUGAGCUUCAGUGUUUGGUGCUUUUACCCCUACUUCAUAAUCAAUUCCCAGUCACUUUAGCUAUUAAAAUUAAAUUAAUUAAUAUGUCAAUUCUAAUUUUUCGAGUCCCAUUGAGUUUUUCCAUGACAUUUAUUUAUUUUGAAACAUGAAUUGACUUGAGUCUCUCUUAGGUUCCAAAAAAUAUUAUUAAACAAUUGGUACCUAAUCUUGAUGUGUUCAUUGUAUCCGCCUUUGAUGACACGAAUUAAAAUUGUUGCCCAAUAUGAACGCGUAGCUUCAAAAACGCAAUAUUUUGUGUGAAAUAUGAUUUUAUAAGCUCCGUAACUUGCCUUAUACAUAUGUUUGCGUUCAAAAUUUCUAUCGAUAAAAAUCGUCGACUCCUCUGCUGACAGUGGGGCCACACAUUCUAACGUUAUCUCUGUCUCUCUCGCUAGUACGGCAAUGUGUGAGACGGAUACAUGUCCAAGGGCUUCAUUGUUGCACUUGUUAGGGCUGUCUCGAAAUCUUGACCAGUUU